AAGUUCUUCAGGAUGCAUGUUCUUUCGGAUCCGACUGAGAAGUCGUCCAGCUGGACUCGUGUCUGGCAUGGGCGCCUGACAGGGGGGUUACGAAGCUUUAGGAUGGAAACUGAUCCUCCGGCAUGACAUACGAGGUCGUAUCCGCAUCAUCAAGCUUCCCACUAGCUUAUCAAACCCUUUGCACAGCGGUCAUCGCGAUGUCUUCAGUAUCUUGUCUUGCCAAUGAUGAAAUAGAACCAUCUUCCACUCCCCUUCAUACACUAACCGCCAUGGACUACUUUGAUUUUGGCUCUCUUAUGCCUGUAGAGUAUGUCGAUCCUCCAAACGAUAUGCUUAAUGUUCCACAGAGCAUUGACCAAGAAACUUCGACGCCCAUUGGUAGUCCGGCAUGGGAGUCCAAUAGACAGAUCGUGAUCUCUGUCUCGACUACGUUCAGCACGUUAGCUUUCCCUGAGGAUGAAGCCCCUGAUGUCAUAUUCACUUCCAGUGAUCACGUAUAUUUCCACGUUCACGCUGCUCGUCUUUUGAUGGCAUCCAGGAACAGCUUCAAUCACUUGUUGCCCAUUCCACAUCUACGCUCAGAGACGCAGGCCCUUGCGGUCGCUGAGGAUGCCGCAGUUAUCAAUGUUGUUUUUCAUGCCAUUUAUAAGAUCUCUCUUCGUCAAUAUUCCCCACCCUUGGAUACCCUUCUAGCGGCAGUCGGUGCGCUAAAGAAAUAUGGUGUACCGCUAGACCAAUACCUCUUCCGUACAACACCUCUCUUUGAAGAGGUUGUCAUAAAGACACCCUAUCUGCCAAUUGAGGUGUACAUGGUCGCUGCCGAGAAUGAUCUAUUCGAUCUCGCUGCUGAGGCGUCCUUAUUUCUCCUCUCUUACCCACUUUCCAUUCUAACCAACAAAAUGUGCGUGAGGAUGGGUCCACUCUAUUUGCGCAGGCUCUUCACUCUUCAUACCGAACGCAAGCAUGUAUUGCAGCAGCUCUUGAUCAACCCGCCCUCGGAGCAUCCACCUACCCUGAGCUGCGGUUGGGUAGAACACAAACGGCUGAUGAAUGCGUGGUCAUUGGCGUGUGCGAGCCUGGUCUUCGACGCUCAGACAGUAGACCUGUCAGCUGAGAAAAUGCGCAAUGAUCUCGAAUCUCUUGGUCUUCGUAUAUCUUGCGACGCUUGCAAGCGAUCCUUAAAUCAAAGAGUGAAGGACAUUGUGCUGAAAUGGUCCAUCGCGCCGAGAACUAUCCUGAGGGAUACGGGAGGGUACCGUGCGGUUCUCCAAUAGGACUUGAUUCCAAAUCAUCUCGAAAGGCCGUCCAGAUCUCCAGGAAUAUUUGAAUCCCCCUGCUUUCACUUUGCUUUUUUCGCUAGUCUUCUCGUUUUGUUUCUUGCUUUUGUUUUCAUGGAUCUUUGUUUGAGUGGCAGAGUUGUUCAGCCAAGACUAGAGAUGAUGGUUGAAUAUCACUGCAGCAGAAGAAGAAUCAAUCGGUAUGACAUACUACGAACUCUGUGCAGAAAAUGGAACUUCGAAGUGCAUGACGCACGAAAUAUAUGUUCAAAUGAUGCCUUUGAAGACCUAGACUCUCGAGAUCCUACUCAUGCUCGAUGCCGAGCGGUCUAUAUAACAUACCU